CAGUCUAUAGAAAUAAAUAAAGAAAGAAUAUCUAUAUAAGAGUGUGAGGAAUAAUAAAGAAAAAGAAGAAUUUAAUAUAUAACUUGGAUUAUCAAUAGUUUUUGACUUUUUUUUUCUUUUUGAAAAUUGUGUUUUUAUGAUUGAAAUCAGAUGUUAAAAGUUGAAAGAUUUUUGAAACAAGUCUUAUUGUUGCUUUACUUACUGUUGCUAUUUGUUGGCUGGCUAUAUUGCUGAUUAUUCGUAGCAACAAGUUGGCAAUUCAACGUGGAAAAGUAGUCAGAACUGUGUGCAGCUGUCAGACGAGACUACUCUCGAAGUUCUCUUCUAUCCGUCUUUGUCUUUCUUAUUUUGCACGAUUCUCCCCACUCGUGCGUGAUUCGUCGUCGUCUCUACUCUUUUUCUCUCUCUUUCUUUUUACUCCCAUACCAUAGGAUGGUGCUCGUACGUAGCUCGUAAACCUCAGACGCCGUGCUCACGUUUAGUUUAGACUCGCUUAUACCGUAAGAACGGCCUUACACACGGUUUUCGCGAGGUGCAUCGCGAACACAGAGACCAGUUGUGUUCUAUCUUCUUCUCUUUCCUACUUAUAUAUAUAUAUAUACACCUUGAAGUUUUUGUGAGUGCAAGAAAACACAGAGAGAGAGAGAGAGAGAGACAGACAGAGACAGAGAGAUAAAGAGAGAAAGAGAUAGAAGGUGCAUUUGUACGAUCAUUUAUUAAGUGCGAGUAAUGGCCCUACGUCUAAGGGGUAGCAAGGAUGUUAAGAAGAGCUCGUACUACGUUUGGUAUCUUGGUGCGAGGGAGGCCAAGGGUGUGGACGCGAUGCCCAGUGCCAUAGCUUACCUGCUCGAACGAGAACGACUUCAAGAACCUUUCAAGGUCACGUUACAGGUGAGCAGUAAGGGUCUUAAGAUCAUUCAAACUGUUCUUCCUGGAGGUUCUACUAGAUCAGCUGUGAAACAUUUGGUACCAGGUCAUGCUGUAUUGGCUGCUGUACAACGAGAAGACAUCGUAGCAGCUACUCUGCUUUUACCAAAUCCUGCUACCAAUAAUCCAGUUCAUGUUCAUGCAUACAGAUGCGAUUCGGUUGAGACUGCUGAAUUAUUGGGUGGACAAUUGAAAGCAUUGGCCUCGCAAGCUGAUAAUUUAGUAAGAGUAUCAUCCGGGGAAGGUAGAAUUCGAAGUAAUUUGGGUAGCGAUGGACGAAGUACAAGAGAAUCAGAGUCAUCUGAAGGUAGCGGGGAAUCGAAACAUGAUCCUAUUCAAACCACAACGAUCUACGAGUCACUGGCAGCUGAGUUGAGAGCUAAAUUAGGUCGUGGUAAUUCUGGAGACAACGAUGUUGGUCCUAUAUUGUUACCACCACGUGACUACGACACAGUUCACAGGCAUCGUGGUAACUUGGCAGGUAUCGAAUUUAGGCGUUGCUUAAAUCAGACCAUAGUGGGUGGUAGCACAGCUGUUGAUCGAGGUGGUACAAGGAGUGCAGCUAGCAGUGGAAUUGGAUCGGAUAGUGCAGCUACUCCUCCACCAUAUCAAUCUCAUCAUCCUUUAGGUCCAAGACCUUCGAGACCUUCGAGAGAUUCCUCUUCCGAUGACGAUUGGGGUGGUGCAGGUACGGAGGAAAGUCAUUAUUUUCCUGAUGUAGAAACAACUGGUUCGAGUUUGACAUUACCAAGGUUACCUAGAAGUCCAGAAAGACAUCCAACUCAGCAACAAACACAGACGAGAGGUGUCUCGCCAGGUUGCAACAGGAAUCGUAGGGCACCAGAAUUAAGACAAAGAUCACCGAGUCCUCAGUAUCAGCCAAGGAUUAAUCCUGGAGAAGUGACAAGUCCAAGAGAGAGGUUCCAAGAUGCUAAAGAGAUGUUCAGGGCUAUGGAGAGGGAAGCUAUAGCAAGACCAGUCUUAUCAAGGCAGAGAGAGUCCGAUGGUCAUCAUCAUGUACACAGGGUGGAAUCAUCAAGACAGGUUCACGAAGAUCGAUCUAUUCGUUCUCAUCAAACUAAUGUGAAUUCUUCUUCUUCUGUACACGAACAACAACAACAACAACAAAUAAGACGAAGUCAUCCUGAGCUUGAUAGAGAAAAUGAACUUCCUUAUCGAGCUAGACCAAGACCUAGAACUCAUCAUUAUGGAAUUGAAAAUUCUGAAUCUGAGACUACAACUAGGCCACGGCCAAGAAGCUUUUAUGAAAAUCCAGUUGUUGGUAGAGAGUUUCGUGAUCAGAGGAAUUCUAUCGAUCCUAGAGAAUCAAGAGAUUUUCGUGAUCGAGCAUAUACGAGAGAAUUACGUGAAAAAGUACGUGCAAGGGCUACGACAUAUCAAGAAUUAUCAGAACACGAAAGAUAUCCUGGUCUCGAUCGUGAAAGUGCCAGACCACCGUUGGAAAUAGUCCCGACACCCGGUAGAUAUCGUCACAGUUAUGCAGAACCACCCAGACUUGGAUUAGCAGCUUUACAUCCUUACUGACGAACAACACGAUUAAACAUUCAUGAUCGUUAAUAACUAAAAACGAUUUUUAAUUUUAAUUAAUUUCUACUUAAUCGAUCGAUUAUGUGAUCGAUUCACAGCAGCACGUUGAACAACACACAUGAACGUUUUCGAAUUGUUCCUUAUAUUCGUUUUAAAUACGAACAUUUAUAUAAAAAAAAAAAAAAAA